CGCAAUGCCGCAAAAGCCCUACCCGUUGCUACUUACUGUUACUUCAUCUUCUUCAGUACGAUGUAGUUUUGCCGCAAAACACAUCCUACACUUUGUUUAUUUAUUUAUUUUAACAAUAAUAACAAUAAAAGUUCGACAAAAAAUGUUGGCUUGUGGCGGCUCUCGCAUCUCUCAUCAAAAUUUGGGUUCACGAUUUUGCUCCACCGGAAUCUUUCACCUCUCUUCUUUCACGGUUAAACCUCCCUCCUACGCUACCGCCACCGUCGCCGCGAUUGUUGAUAAUAAUUCUCAUAAUCCUCGAUUUCAUCCUCGAUUUGUUUCUUCCUCUAGUCUUCAAUCCAAAUCCCCCGGCGACAUUCCUUUUCCCCCCGUCUCCUUCAGCCAACGAGAAGACGAGCAUGAGAAGCCCUCUGAAGCACUAUCCUCAGUGGCAGGAGGGAUAGUGGCAUUGGGAAAAUUUGAUGCUCUUCACAUUGGUCAUAGAGAACUUGCAAUUCAAGCAUCAAAGGUUGGAACCCCAUACCUUUUGUCAUUUGUAGGAAUGGCUGAAGUUCUUGGUUGGGACCCUAGGCCACCCGUAGUUGCACAAUGUGAUCGUGAGCGUGUUCUUUCCUCUUGGGCUCCAUAUUGUGGUAAUGUGGCUCCCAAGGAAUUCCAGGUACAGUUUAUGAGCGUUAGGCAUCUUAGUCCGAGGCAGUUUGUAGAGAAGUUAGCGAGGGAGCUCGGAGUUUGUGGAGUUGUGGCAGGUGAAAACUAUCGCUUUGGCUAUAAAGCUGCUGGUGAUGCCUCAGAAUUGGUGAGACUCUGUGAUGAGUUUGGUAUGGGUGCUUACAUAAUAAAUUCUGUCAUGGACAGGCACCAAGAUGCAAGAAAUAUGAACCGUUUAGAUUUAAAAGACAGGGGACAAGUAUCAUCUACCCGUGUUCGGCAGGCUUUAGCUGAAGGUGACAUGAAAUACGUGUCAGAGCUUCUAGGCCGCCCGCAUCGUUUAUUAUUGACGAUUAAAGACUGGGAAAGCUUAACUAGUACUAGCAGUACACAAAGGAUGUCAGCACCAAGAUCUUCUUUGCUAAAUCUACCACCAAAAGAUGGUUUUUACGAGAACUGUUCUCUUUUAUUUGGAGAACAAAAUGCAGUAACAUGUAGAGUGUCUAUCGACACAUCGCAUAUCCAUCUAGAGAUGGAUCGGGUAGAUUUUUGUGAUAAUGACUAUUCUCAAAAAUCACAGGUCUUGGGUAUUGAAUUUGGUGAAUUAAAGAGUUAAUUUCGCUUAGUUCAUUUCAGGAAAGUACUUGAUGGGUGAGAACUCUCAGCCAGGUUUAAGAGCAAUUACCAUAUACGUAUAUCCCCCAUAUGAGAGGAUCUGUAUUUCUUUAUCAGUUAAAUCAUUGAAUAUAGGAUUCAUAUCAAAUUUGUUAUGGUGGAAAUGAAUUAUGUUUUCCUCUCGCAGGAACUGCUUUCAUUCAA